CUCGGCACGGGCGCGUUCUCGCGCGUGGUCAAGGCGACGAAGCGCAUGGCGAACAACGAGGCCGGCCAGGCCGUGGCCGUCAAGUGCAUCACGAAGACGCCCGACCUCAAGGCCGAGGACAUCGCGAGCCUCCGGGAGGAGGUCGCGGUGCUCCAGUCCAUCGAGCACCCGAACAUCAUCAAGCUCUACAACUUCUACGAGGAGAAGAAGAUGUUCUACAUGGUCAUCGAGCUCAUGGAGGGCGGCGAGCUCUUCGAGCGCAUCGUCAAGAAGACGUUCUACAACGAGAAGGAGGCGCGCGACCUCAUCCGCAUCCUGCUGGACGCGCUGGCCUACCUGCACCACCGCCACAUCGUCCACCGCGACCUCAAGCCCGAGAAUUUACUCCUGAAGUCGCCCUACAACGACUUCGACAUCAAGCUCGCGGACUUCGGGUUCGCGAAGAAGGUCAACGGCAAGUCGCUCGACACGCAGUGCGGCACGCCGGGCUACGUCGCGCCGGAGAUCCUCAAGGGGGCCAAGUACGGCACGGAGGUCGACAUGUGGUCCUGCGGCGUCAUCGUCUACAUCUUGUUGGGGGGGUACCCGCCGUUCCACGACGACAACCACGCGAUCCUCUACCGCAAGAUCAAGGCCGCGGACUACACCUUCGAGCCCCAGUACUGGGACCAGGUCUCGGACGACGCCAAGGACCUCAUCAAGAAGAUGCUCGUCGUGGACCCGGACAAGCGGCUCACGGCGGACCAGGCGUUCCGCCACCCCUGGUUCCUCGUCGGCGACCACGAGCUC